CAUUUUGUGCACUGACAAAGAUGAAGUCGCGCCUCGAUGGCGUCAGUCGGUCCUUUUGAUACCUCCGGCGCGUGGGAGGGGGCGCCGAGGGGCGGGGCCGAGCGGGUCCUGGCAGGGAGGUACGGGCGGGGAGAGCGGCGACUCCCGAGCGGGGAUACGCCGUCCCCCGGGCUGAAGGGAGCGGCGAGGCGGGUUGCGCUUGAAGCACUACGCCGAGCUCGGUUACGAGGUCGGCGUCCCCUCUCGGAGCGCCGCUUUGUCAGACGCUCUCCACACCCCUGCCAGGACCGGGGCACGGCGGCAGAGCGCCGAGAAGUGUCGCCGGCGCCAUGGCCAAGCACCAUCCGGAUCUCAUCUUCUGCCGCAAGCAGGCGGGCGUCGCAAUUGGAAGGCUGUGUGAAAAAUCAGUUUCAGUGGCUGCGGAUACAGUGAGUGCUUGAUUGAUGGAUUCCUCGUAAUCCGGAACGCAGAGCGAUCAGCCUGAUGAUUUCAAAGAAGAAAAACACGUUUUUGGAAUCUGACUCCGCAGCUUGAGAAGGGUUCCUUUCAUCGUCUAAUAGAAUGGGAAAUGGAUGGAAAAAAGUGCUGUCUAAAGCUACAGCAGAUGAAUAUGCAGAAACAAAUAUCUACUGCAGGGAACCUACUUUAGCAAGAGUGUUGGGUUUGAUGAUCCCUGGAGAUCCCUUCCAACCCCUACAGUUCUGUGCUAGUGCUCACCUGUAGCAGAAAAGAAAGAGCACAGUAAUCAUUAGAUCCUUGAAGGAGCUCAGUACAAGUAAGCCAGCUAUUUCUAGGCUCCAGGAAAUGUUAAAAACAAGCAGAGUGAGGAGAAGCACAGUUUGAAGCGACAGAACUGUUUCCAAGAGCAUGCAGAAGUUAAACAGAUUCCCAGUGGUAGUAGCUGAGGGCAGUCAGGAUGGAGAUUUAAGAGCAGGUUAAAUGAGCUGUUUGUGGGAGUCAGGAUUAAAUGCCUUGGGAACUGGUAAUAAGAUAUGAAGCUUUUCAUCUGGAGGUCAGAGUUUUGGAUCAGGGCCAGCCCAGCAGAGACUGUCAACGGCAUCUGAUGGCUGUUUGCCUGUAUGAUAAGAGUGCUUGAAUUUCACUCAGUUCCUUGUGAGAAAGCAAGAGCAACUUUGUGAAGUGGCUGUUUAUGCCAGUUUGCCCUUUCUUUGGCCUUCUCACAUGAAGGAUUAAAAGCACCACAAGUACAAUCUCAUAUCCCAUCCCUCUGAGGGUAGUAACACCAGACUUUUGUUGAUGUGGCUCUCUGGGAGAUGCUUACACUGCUGCUGUGUAGGUAAGGACGCUAGUCCUGGCCAUCUGGCAUUUUUUCACAAAUGAAACGUUAAGGGAAGUUUCCAGAGUAAAAGUAAUGGUAUGACUUAAGCACUGUUAGCUAAUCACAGAGGACAUGGCUGUUGGCUUCUGAAGUCUGUACACAAAUAUAAUGUUGCACCUUGUACCUGUAAGCUAAAGUUCUGCAGUCUGACUGCUUCGUCUUUGAGUGUACAGGCAAGUUCUUUGUCCAGAAGGCUUUUCCUCUUUUAUGCGGGGUGGAGAAAAGGACGUUCUGUAACCAAGGACUGCUGUAU